AUGGACAAAGGCAGGCCCAUGAUGGACGAGCUCGCGGGGCCCGUGUGCUGGCGGGGCACCACCCCCAGGGGUGCUGGAAGGCCGCUUAGCAACCAGAGCCCCCGCAAGCCCUCAGCCAAAACUCGCUCCCAGGCGAGUGUUUGGGGCCUGGGUGGACCUGACGGGCAGGCCUCAGGGGGCAGUGCUGGGGCUGAGGGUGACCCUCGUGGAGCAGUUGGAACCUUGUCCACAGCUGAGCUGGCUCUCCUGGUGGCCAAGGGGCCUUUGAAGGUCCAUCCUGGGCCUGCUGGACAAAGACUCGCUGGACAAGUUUCCGGGGUGUGCUCAGUUGCAGGGGCUGACAGGUUCGCUGGUGUUGGGAGCACUUGGUGCCUGGUCUAUAACCCCCUUGCACACUACGGCCACCGCCGGGCCCGGGAGCAGAUAGUCUUCGUGCUCAGUACCCCCCGGUCUUCCUCCUGGUCCGUGGAGAGUCCGGAGCCCCCCAGGCACCCCGAGCCGUCAGACUGUACAAAGCUGUGCCCAGGAGCAGGCAGCGUGGGCCUGGCUCCUGACGCCCCUCACCUCCCUGGGACCCGCGUCCCCAAGCCUCACAGCUUUGGUCUCCGCCAGGGGUCUGCGCUUGUCCUGGACCUGCUGCCCGUGACCCCGGCACCUUCCUGCCAGAACGACCCGUCUACACCGCGUGUCCUGGUGAGCCUGGGCCUCACCCUCCUUGUGUGGCUCAAUGCCCACUGCUCUCAUCCCCAGGCCGAGGGCUUCUCCCAGGGAGGGUUGGAUGACAGCAGGGCCGACCUAUGGGCCAGUGCCAACACUUCCCUCCUGCAAGGAUUCUGGUGCCAGCCGGCCAGGCAGCUGUCCCGGGACCAGCUUUCAGCUCUGAUCAGGAGGAUGGCGUCACAGCAGGUCUUCCUCAGAGCCUGGCAGCUCAGCUGCCUGGCCAACCUAGCCGCCCGGCACGGCCUCCAGGGGGACUUCUCACUGCACCCCGCCGACCUGCUGCUCUUCUACAACCUGACGCAGGUGAGGGAAGCCAACUGCCGGGCCUUCAUCCGCCGCGCUGCCCAGGGGCACACAGAGCUGCUGGCCAACCUGCCCGACCAGAGGGCCGCCUUGGGGCACGCAGCCUUGGCCUGCCUGGGAGGGCACCGCCCUCGGCUCAGCGCCUCCGACCUGCUGCUCCUUGGGAUCCUGGUGUGCGACAUGGACACGUCCAGCAUCAUGGCCUCGGACCCUCGUGUGCUGCAGAACCUGCGGCGCUGCGCCCGGCUGACCGCUGCCCAGCAAGCCGCCCUCAACACACUGCUGGCCAGUGGGAGGACCACGCUUGGGCCCCCUGGUUCCUGGAACCUGGAAGGGCUGCAGGCUCUGGGACCCCUGGCCACUUACGUCAGCCCCGGCCUGUGGGUGCAGGUGCAGGAGGCCGUGGGCCUGGGCUUCUUCAGCAGCAUGGUGGCUGCGUGCCGGGCAGGGCAGCUCAGCCAGCGUGAUGCCAGGCGCUUCGUCACCCGCUUCCUUGAGGCCGAGGCCAAGUCGGUGUCCUCGAGGCCCAAGCGGGGAACAGGGAGACACUGCGUCCGCGGUGACAUCACGGCGGCCACGCUGCAGGACGACCUCUUCCUGGUGCGCUAUGACUGCUCGCAGCUCGAGUCCUGCCUGGGCAGCCACGUGCUCAGGGCCAACCUGGACCCCCUGCUGCAGCAUCCACUGCCCGCCGAGUGCCAGCGCGUGGUCAAGGCCAAGCUGGCCAGGAUCUACCCAGGUGGCGUCCCCGAGGAGCAGCUCCGGCGCAUCACCUCGCUGGUCUACCUCUACUCGCGCGCGGAGAUCGGCCAGUGGAACAUCACAUCCAGAGAGACGGUUGUGGCCCUGCUAGCCUCGGACGUGGCCCUGGAGAACCAGACUGAGGCUGUCCUGCAGAAGUUCCUGGACCACAACGGCACUGUCACCAGCACCCUGCUGGUGGCCAUCGGGGGCUCCCGUCUCUGCUGGAUGAGCCCCCCACAGAUCCAGGCCAUCCGGCCCUCGGAGUUCCGGCUGGCCGGGGCCCUGGACAUCUCCUCCUGCCCUCAGAGCCGGAAGGAUGUGCUCUACGCCAAGGCCCGCGAGGCCUUUGGCAGCACGAGGACCACGGCCGCCUACUACCACCUCAUGCGCCCUUACCUUGGCGGUGCCCCCGUGGAGGAGCUGCGGCACCUGGCCCAGGAAAACGUCUCCAUGGACAUCGACACUUUCACCAACCUGAACCCCCGCGUGCUGCAGAGCCUGAGUGUUGGCAAUGUGACGACACUGUUGGGCCAGAACGUGGGGGACCUGCAGAAGGCACGCAGCCACCCCACCAUCAGCUCCUGGCUCCGCAGCCUCAACAGGUCAGCCCUCAGUGAGCUGGGCCUGGACGCAGACCCCGUCGGCCCCACCGGCCCAGCCCACCUGACCACUGGGUCCCCUAACACCACCCCCUGGACACCCCAUCUAGCCCCCACUUCAGGCCAACCCGGGAAUGACGCCCCCACCUCAGGCAGCCCACCAGCCCAUGUGGGGUACGUGCCACUUGCUGUGGCCCUGCCCUCCAGCCUCCUGUGGCUGCUGUAUCGGGGCACCUGCACCGUGGCCUCCAAAGACGGCACUGCGCUGGCACCACAUGCAGGAAAAUUGGGGCUGGUAGGCAGAGCUGGACGCCUGCCCCAUGUCCCACAUCCUGGGGGCCUGCAAGGCUGGUCCCCACCCACACCCAGCUCCCAGGACCUGGAGCUGGACUGA